GAAGCAGCAGUUCUCGCCGGUGAAAGAAACCAACGUUGUGAAAACUUCAUUAUAAAGCUUUGAAUUAUAAUUUGAACACGUGAAAUACAUUUACAACAACCAUUCUCUACACCGCUUUCGUCCCUUGUUUCGCCGGAACAUGUCGAUGUGUAUAUGAAUUGGAGCAUUGUGUGGACCUUACAUUUUUGAAGGAGAAACAAGUGGAGCGAGUGAGUGACACAAGGGUAUGAGUGCCCGCAGGAGAGGAGGAAAGCCCAACCGGGGAGGAGGCAAAUUCAACAAACCCCGAGGAGGUGGUGGCGGAGGAGGGGGCGGAGGGGGUAGGAAAGGAGGGGGCGGCGGUGGAGGCAGUGGCUGGGACGAUGGAGAUGAUUUCUGCCUCAACAUGGGCCCACCACGCUCCCACAAGCCCAAUGCCGGCAGUGGCCGCGGCCGGGGCAGGGGUAGGGGUGGCCGGGGAGACGGUAGAGGAGCGGGUGGGGGGUUUAGGGGUGGCCGGGGAGAUGGCAGAGGAGGGGGCGGGGGGUUUAGAGGUGGCAGUCGGGACGGCAGGGGAAGAGGGUUCGCUCAGCCUCCUUUCCGCGGCCAGAGCCGCCCACGGCCGGACGAUACGUUUCUGCAGCAGUUCAGGGCUGAGCAACCGGCUGCCUCCAUGCCCCUGCAGAAGAUCCACAUGACCUCAGAGAACCAGCUGCAGGUGAAGGAACUGCUGAGAGAACUGCAGAGCCAGGAGUACAACACCGGCCACAGUGGCUCGGAGUAUGACGAGGAAGAAGAGGAGUAUGAGGAGGAGGAGGAGUAUGAUGAGCUGGAUGUGCGUGAUGAAGGACAGUACUGGAGGACGCGUGAGGAGGGUGUGGAGAGCGCUGAGGCGUAUGGGGAGUGGGAGUACGGGGAGCUGGAAGGGGAGGAGAGUGACGCACGCACCCCCGAACCCGUCGCCUCCCUCUUCGCUCUGGGCACACUCAGCAGGUACGGCUUUGACCGCGAGCGGUGUCGGCGCGUGUUUGAGUCGGGCCCGGGCGAGGUGGGCGGCUCUCUGGAGCUUCUCCUCCAUCAGCUGAUCUCGGAUCGCUACGGCGCCGCCUCCAUGUCCCCCGCCACCUCCGACCCGCCGUCCCUCGCCGAGUGCCAGAGCCUGCGCCAGGAGGAGGCCCUCGCCCUCACCGCCAUCUACGGAGAGCGCUUCUGCGAGCGCAUCAUCGACCGCGUCUGGACCGUCGACCUAGACCCCGAGUUGCUCCCGGGAAUCGUGCGUGAUGAGCAGAGCAGCAGCGCUGGCAAGUCGACCAAUCAGGCCAAGCGGGGGGCGAGUGGCGGCAAAUCCUCCUCCUCCUCAUCUUCUCAGAUUUGCAAGUUCUACCUGAAGGGGGCUGGGUGCAGGUUUGGUGAUCGCUGCAAGUUCAAGCACCAGCUCCCGGGGGAAGACAAGGUGGUCCAUGACCCACUCGGAGGCACCCAGGCGGGCUUCAGCAGUGCGGACGCCCCCCUCUAUCAGCUGGAGGUGCGCUUCCCCCCCGGCAACCGCUACCCUCACGAGCCCCCGCUGGUGGCCUUCGGCACGAACGACCCCUCCCUCUCGGGGGCGGGACGUCUCAGCGUGACGGAGUACCUCUUCGGCCUAUCGAUGAACGCCGCUCAGGACGGCGAGCCGGUGGUCUACACGCUCAUCUCCGCCCUGGAGGAGGAGGAGCCUAUCAGAGAGAUGUUCGCAGUGGCGCAUCACAAAUAUAGUGCCCCGCCCCCUGUAUUGGCCCCGCCUCCAACAACUCAUGUGGCGGCAAAGAGCAAGGUUACCACGACGACCAACGCUGGGGCUGUAUCCAAGACAACACCAACACCAACACCACCAGCAGCAGUUAACAGUGUCAGAAACAGACAGCCAGCAGCGGAGCCUGAGCGUGAGGAAGAGGAGGAGGAGGAGGGUGCGGAGGAUGAGGAGGAGGACCAGACGGUGGAGGUGGAGACGGAGAGCUACGUGAACUUCAGGAAGAGGAUGGAGAGGAGGAAUGAGGCCAGACCCCAGGACACGGAGCAGGAGGACAAGAAGCUCUGCAGGGACUUCAAAAGGAAACAGUCGUCCAGGCGCUACAUGUCUCUGCAGCAGCAGAGGCACAACUUGCCGGUGUGGAAGGAGAGGAAGAACAUCCUGCAGCGCCUGGAGGACAACCAGAUGCUGGUGAUCAGCGGCAUGACCGGUUGUGGUAAGACCACCCAGAUCCCACAGUUCAUCCUGGACGAGUCCCUCGGCCGUCACUCAGGAAGGGGCGUGGCCAACAUCAUCUGCACGCAGCCUCGCCGCAUCUCAGCCAUCGCCGUAGCAACGCGCGUCGCCGAGGAGAGGGCGGAGCCUCUGGGACGCUCCACGGGCUACCAAAUCCGCCUGGAGACCGUCAGGUCCUCCAGUACCAGACUGCUGUUCUGCACCACCGGUGUGCUCUUGAGGCGUCUGGAGGGGGACCCAGAGCUGACCGGUGUCUCGCACGUCAUCGUAGACGAGGUGCACGAGCGCACGGAGGAAAGUGAUUUCCUGCUGCUGGUGUUGAAGGAUCUGAUCCUGCAGCGUUCUGACCUGAAGAUCAUCAUGAUGAGCGCCACUCUGAACGCUGAGCUCUUCUCCCACUACUUCCACACCUGCCCCACCAUACACAUACCAGGACGCACAUUUCCUGUGGCCCAGUUUUUCCUGGAGGAUGCUAUUGCCAAAACAAGGUACGUCAUAGAGGACGGCAGCCCUUACCGUCGCUCUGCCAAACCCAACGGCCAAUCCGGCGGCCGAGGGGGCGGGACCACUAAGAAGAGGGACCUGGUGGACGACAUGACACAGGAUGACGGCUGGUCCUUCGGCUCGUUCAUGAAAAAGGAUGCGGUGAAGGACACCAUCCCUGAUGACCAGCUGAGCUACCAGGACCUGCAGGUUCGAUAUAGCGGUUGCUCCAAGUCUGUGCUGAAGACGCUGGCUGCCAUGGACCUGGAGAAGAUCAAUAUGGAUCUCCUAGAGGAUCUGCUGGAGUGGAUAGUGGAUGGAGACCACGACUACCCACCAGGUGCAGUGUUGGUCUUUCUACCCGGCAUGGCUGAGAUCAAACAGUUGUACGAACAGCUUCAGUCCAACAGGACCUUCAACAACAGAACAGCAAAAAGGUGCGUGGUGUACCCUCUGCACUCCUCCCUGGCUAACGAGGAGCAGCAGGCGGUCUUCAAGCGGCCACCAGAGGGCGUCACCAAGAUCAUCAUCUCCACCAACAUCGCCGAGACCUCCGUCACCAUCGACGACGUGGUCUAUGUGGUGGACUCCGGCCGGAUGAAGGAGAAGAGGUAUGACGCCAGCCGCAGCAUGGAGAGCCUGGAGGAUGCCUGGGUGUCGCGGGCCAACGCGUUACAGCGUCGGGGGCGUGCGGGGCGCGUGGCUUCAGGCGUGUGCUUCCACCUGUUCACCAGCCACCGCUACGACCACCACCUGGCCCAACAGCAGCUGCCCGAGAUCCUCCGCGCCCCCCUCGAACAGCUCUGCCUCAGGGUGAAGGUGCUGGAGCUGUUUGCCGAUCGUCCUCUGGAGUCGGUCUUCUCCCGUCUGAUCGAGCCGCCGUCGGAUACCAGCCUGGAAGCGGCGCGACAGCGCCUGUGUGACGUGGGCGCCAUGACGGCGGCCGACGAGGCCCUGACGCCGCUGGGGUGGCACCUGGCCUGCCUGCCCGUGGACGUGCGCAUCGGCAAGCUCAUGCUGCUCGGAGCCAUCUUCCGCUGCCUGGACCCCGCCCUCACCAUCGCCGCCAGCCUUGCCUUCAAGAGCCCAUUUGUGUCUCCAUGGGAUAAGAGAGAGGAGGCGAAUGAGAGGAAGCUGAGUUUUGCUUUGGCCAACAGUGAUCACCUGGCUCUGAUCCAGGCCUAUAAGGGUUGGUGCACAGCAGCUAAGAGCAGCACAGGGGCAGGAUUCCAAUACUGCAGAGAGAACUUCCUAUCCUCACGAGGCCUCCAGGAGAUAUCGUGUCUGAAGAGGCAGUUUGCGGAGCUCCUGUCUGACAUUGGCUUUGUGAAGGAGGGACUGAAGGCCAGGGUCAUCGAGAGGAUGAGCUCCAAAGGCACCGACGGGGUACUGGAGGCCACCGGACACGAGGCGAACCUGAAUGCUGACAACACCAAGCUGAUGUCUGCCAUGCUGUGUGCCGCCCUCUACCCCAAUGUAGUGCAGGUUCGUGCCCCGCAAGGCAAAUUUAAGCAGACUAGCAAAGGAGCGAUGAAAAUGCAGCCUAAAGCAGACGAGCUCAAAUUCAUGACCAAGACCGAUGGAGCCGUGCACAUACACCCUUCAUCUAUCAACUACACGGUGCGCCACUAUGACAGCCCGUACCUGGUGUACCACGAGAAGGUGCGCACGAGCCGUGUGUUCAUCCGGGACUGCAGCAUGGUGAGCGUGUACCCGCUGGUGCUGUUCGGGGGCGGCCAGGUCAGCGUGGAGCUGCAGCGAGGCCAGUUCACCGUCUCCCUCGACGACGGAUGGAUCAAGUUUGCCGCCGCAUCACACGAGGUGGCCGAGCUGGUGAAGGAGCUGAGAUGGGAGCUGGACCAGCUGCUAGAGGAGAAGAUCAAGAACCCCAUGAUCGACCUCAUCACCUGCCCACGAGGAUCACGCAUCAUACACACCAUAGUCUCCCUCAUAUCCACACAGUAGCACACACACACACACACACACACACCAGUAUCGACCUCAUCACCUGCCCACGAGGAUCACGCAUCAUACACACCAUAGUCUCCCUCAUAUCCACACAGUAGCACACACACACACACAUAUGGACCUGAUCACAUGCACACAAAGAUCAGGCAUAACACACACACACGCACACACACAGCGCUUGUGCAUCAUAUAUGCUGGUCUUGGCCACUGUUAACAUAUUCAGUGGUUACUCUCACUGUCUCUCUUGCUCACAAACACGCACACCUUGACCCAUGUACACACAAACAUUAUCUACUAAACUGUACUAGUAGAUGCCCUGUGCCCUAUUUCAACCCAUCAACACACCGCAAGGCUGCCAUUCUCCGUAUUUAUUCAUUUUGGCAGACCCAAUGUUACGUAACCCUCAGAGAGCCGAGACGUUUCAAAAUGUCUGAUGGCCAGAGUGAAACUACAACUUUGACCUGACACACUGGUGUACAUGUAGUUACCCUAUGCUCACGGUGAACAAGGUAUUCACAUGGACAUAAGCCAAGCCCAUCAGUCUGAGCUGCCAAAUGUAUCUCAACUCAGUUUACAAGUACAUGCUCUGACAUGAUUGUACGUAUAUAUGAGUGUGAGUGAGUGUGUGUGUGUGGAAGAGAGGCAGUGUUUUCUAUACCCUCUUACUGGCUUGUGUGAGCAAGAGCACAAGAUUUGCGUGUAAUAAUAGUGUCCAUAUUGGACCCGGACUGUCCUUUGAUGAAUUACUGUAAUUAUAAUUGCACGUAACGAAUGGUCCUCGUCCCAAAUCAUGGUAUUUAUGUGCCCAAGGACUUGUGUGGAUAAAGCGCACGUCGUGGCUGUUUUGAUACACGCACAGCUGUUGUGCUACCCAUGAUGAUGACGAUGACGAAUAAAUAAGAGUCAACUCUCAUUCCUAA